UCAACAUACCUUGACCAUGACGUUUACCAUCACGCCACAUGCCAGAAUAGACACAUGGUGUUGUCGAGCAAGUGAAAGUUCCUUGACCAUGUCGCAAUCCAUUUAUCACCUCUCCUUCAUAAACACUGUCAUCUGGCCAUAUGUAGGCACCAUAACCAUGUAAACGAUUGUGAAGGAAAUCACCGUCAUAUAUUGUCCUAUUCUGCCAAAUGUAUUUGCCUUUUCCAUGCAUCAGACCACGUUGAAAAUGGCCCUUGUAAAUGUUCCCACCUUGAAAGUACGCUGUCCCAUAGCCAUGUAAGAAUCCUUGCUCGUCCGUCUCACCGUCGUAUAGUUCAACAAGAACAUUUGUCAAAAGAGGCUCACUUCGCAUGGCAUCGUACGGCAAGUUUUGAACCGGAAAUGCCGGCGUUUCUGGUUCUUGAAUAACAUCAUUCUGUUCCUCGCUUGACUGUGCGUCUCCAACUUCGUCCUGGUCUUCCCCGAUACCUGGCGAAUUUUGGGAAGAAUCGCCUAAAAACUGAGGCAUUUUCUUCACAUAACAUAAAUUUCUGUUUUCUUUCCGGCCAUUUUUCAACUGCAUCAGUUACCAUGACAAUAACGCAACCAAUCAACGUUCGUUUUUUUGUAUAGCAGCCGAACAACCAAUCAAAAAUCGUUUUGACUUACAAAUUUUGACCAAUAGGAUUGUUGCUAUAAAGAUGGUUACACAACACCUAACAUGAAGUAACCAAUUAGACGGAAGUUGAAAGAAAUUUGACAAAAGGAAAGUAUUUAUGGGUUUUUUCUUGAUUUUCCAAUUGUAAACUAUCAAUGUCUGUCCCGAAUGAACGUUCGUCGUUACUGCAACACAAAAAAGGGAAUUUUUAUGACAGGGAGAGUAUUCACAACAGACAUCACUUGAAUGAUCAGCCACCCUCGGGCGAACAUGGUGCAUCUAUUAAUGAGACAGGGAGUGUUGUCAUUCAGAACAAUGAUGAACCUGGUUUGCCAAUACCGCGGGCUGUGUUCGUUGUCACAAAUGCUGCGCUGGGCGCAGGAAUGUUAGCAUUUCCUGAAGCUUAUGCGAAAACUGGAGGUGUACCAGAAGCCCUUGGUGUUCAGGCUGUACUGAUUGCUCUCAUCAUUGGGGCAUUUUUAAUCCUCGGCUUUUGUGGACAAGUGAGGCGUACGGCAAACUACCAAGAUACAGUGUUGGUGUUUUGUGGACCAAUUGCCCAAGUCAUCUGCCAAGUCAUUGUUGUUGUUUAUAUGUUUGGAAGCGAUGUUACGUAUCUUAUUCUGAUUGGUGAUCAAUUGACAAAAGUAAUUGAUCAUUCUGGCUGGUAUUUUGACAGAAGAUUCAUAAUUGCUGUAGUUUCAUGCAUAUGUAUUUUACCAUUAUGUAUUCCAAAGAAAUUAAAGGUGAUCAGUUAUUCAAGUCUUUUUGGUGGUAUUGGUGCCUUCUUUGUUUGUUUAGUCGUGAUGUCUCGAUUCUAUACUGGGAAUUAUACCUAUGGCAGUUCUUCAAAACCCUUUUUUUGGCCCAAUGUGUUUGCUGCAGUUCCAGUGAUUUGUUUUGGCUUCCAGUGUCAUGUAACAUCAGUUGCAGUGUUAGCAGAAUUGCACAAUCCCACGUUGAAACGAUUUGGAAUAGUGACCGCACUGUCCACGUUAAUAUGCACCGUUAUAUACUCCGUAACAGGUUCAUAUGGAUUCUUAACAUUUGGCCACAACGUAAAGAGCGAUAUAUUGCUGAAUUAUGACCCGAAAGACGGCGCCGUAACAGCAGCUAGGGCAGUCAUUGUGAUGGUAGUAUUCAGUACAUAUGCGAUAUGCCAUUUUGUAGGCAGAUCAGCUUUUCUUGGUCUUUGGACAAAACUACGUAGGUUCACAACAGCCGAGGUUGAAGCUUGGCAGAACAAACGGCGUAUCAUUACUUCGCUAAUUUGGUUUUUCUCCAGCCUUGGGUUGUCGAUAAUCGUACCAAACAUAGGAAAAGCGAUUGCUAUCGUAGGAGGCUUUGCCGCCCAUUUCAUUUUUACCUUCCCAGGUUUGUGUUUAAUUCAGAUAGUUCUAUCGAAUAAGGUGACCCUGUCUAGUAGGUUAAAGAAUGCGGGUAUGGUCAUUGGAGUCCUUUACGUUGUCAUUGGAUUUUUUUUAUUUGCACAGACUGUGACUCAAGCUAUAAUGGAUGAUAUUAAUAAUAAAUAAAAUAUUCAAUUAUUGUAUAUAAUCUCAUUGAAUGUGCCUUGUGUAUUUUGUAACAGAAAACA